CCUUACGCCACAUAUUGAAUGUAUAGUUCGACUACUGUACCGUUUUAUAGGUUAUUCUGGAAGUGGUUUUUAGGGCACUGUAGGGGGGUGUAUCGGCUAUUAGCAGAUGGCCGUACCCGUUGUGCAUUGUUUUCAUUUUGCUUCUCAUUUGUCUUGUGUAAUUGGAUAGGGCAGUCCGUAGCCGUCUCUGUAUGCAUUUCUCUCUCUCACACACACACUCUCCGUCUCUCUCUCUCUCUCUCUCUCUCUGGUUUAUUGCCACUCUGACAUCAGGACUAUUGCAGUUGAAGGCUUUCGCUCCGACAGGGAUAUAUCAUUGUCAGCUACUAUUUCCCAGAGGCUUUUUACACACCAUACCAAGAGAGCUGUGAGGAGAGAGAGAACCUCUCCCUUCACCCUGAGAGUCUGUCUGUCUGUCUGUCUGCAGAGCAUCUUUCAUGCGUCUCCUUGUGUCUCAGUCUCACAUCAACAUGAACUGUGAACAGGACUUUGGAGAGGGGGGCAUGAACGUCACCCUUACGCUACGGCUCCUCAUGCACGGAAAGGAAGUUGGCAGCAUCAUCGGAAAGAAAGGAGAGACUGUGAAGAAAAUACGAGAAGAGAGCAGCGCCCGUAUCAACAUCUCAGAGGGCUCGUGUCCAGAGAGGAUCAUCACUAUUACAGGACCUACAGACUGUGUCUUCAGAGCCUUCACUAUGAUCACUCUCAAACUGGAAGAGGACCUCACAACUCUGGUAGCCAAUGGCACGGUCACCAGCAAGCCCCCCGUCACCCUACGUUUGGUCAUUCCUGCCAGCCAAUGCGGUUCUCUCAUCGGGAAGGGCGGCUCCAAGAUCAAGGAGAUCAGAGAGACCACGGGGGCACAAGUACAGGUAGCGGGAGACCUCCUUCCCAACUCCACUGAGAGAGGUGUGACGAUAUCCGGGACCCAAGACGCCAUCAUCCAAUGUGUCAAGCUCAUCUGCACUGUCAUUCUCGAGUCACCUCCGAAGGGGGCCACUGUUCCAUAUCGACCCAGCCCCUCCCCAGGAACAGUCAUGAUCUCCGGGAACCAGGUGUUCGAGGCGUCUGAGUACGGGUCACACCCCCUCUUCCAAUUGGCCCAGGGAGGGCUGGAUCUACAACAAACGUACGCCGUACAGAACCAAUAUGGCAUUCCACAUUCAGAGUUGGCCAAGCUUCACCAGUUGUCUAUGCAGCAGCAAGGCCUGGCCGCCCAGAUGAACCAACAGCAGACCAACUCUGUCAUACCUGGGUUUAGUUACCUCUCUUAUCUCCCAUCAGGAAUGGACUCCAAUUCACAGACCACAUCACAGGAGCUACUCAUUCCAAAUGAUCUCAUCGGCUCCAUCAUCGGGCGUCAGGGCACCAAGAUCAAUGAGAUCCGCCAGGUGUCAGGGGCUCAGAUAAAGAUCGGUAGCCAGCUAGACAGCACCAGUGAUAGAGCCGUCACCAUCACAGGGACACCCAUCUCUAUCAACCUGGCCCAAUACCUCAUCACCUCCUGUUUAGAGACCGCCAAAUCCACCGCCCAGUCUUCCUCCAUGUCGAACCCUGCUGACCUCACCAUGGCCUACAGCCAACCGCCCUCCCCAGCCCAGUCUUCAGCUGUGGCUGCUGCCACCCUGGCUGCCAUGGGCUGCCCUGGCAUGUCCCACCCCCACCCCCACGCUGCAGUCCCCAUGAUGGGCACCCACCCCUAUGGGGCCCUCCCCCUCUCCAGCCUCCUUGGAAUGCAAUCCAUGAAAUCCAUCCAAUCUGUACCCUUCCUGGCUUUAUCCAACCCUGCCGCCAAUGCAGCCGCCGCCGCUGGGGCCCAUGCCCAGGCCCAGAUCUCCUACACAGCGAAGAUCUCCUCGGCCAAUGGGAUCGGGAAGAAACCGGAGAGACAGAAGUUUGCGCCAUACUGAUGACGUCCUUCUCCAUCCCGCCAUCACUCCAUCCUUCUCUCCAGCUCUCACUUCCGUCCCUGAGACAAGAAAGAAGGGGGGGGGGAGAAUGGAAGGAAGGUCUGUUGUUUUGUUGUUGUUAUAUUCCUCCAUUCUCUUCUCUCUUCUAGUUGUGUAGUACAUUCUAGAGACUUUAGCCCUUACCUUCAAUACACUAAGAGGAACUUUGGAUUAGUUCGUAUAGAAAGCUAUAUUUAUGUUGUCAGGCCAAGGAAGCCUAUCAAGCCAUAGUCUGUAUCUCAAAUGGAACCCAUCUCAAAUGGAACCCAUCUCAGAUGGAACCCAACUCAAAUGGAACCCAUCUCAAAUGGAACCCAUCUCAGAUGGAACCCAACUCAAAUGGAACCCAUCUCAAAUGGAACCCAUCUCAGAUGGAACCCAUCUCAGAUGGAACCCAUCUCAAAUGGAACCCAACUCAAAUGGAACCCAUCUUAAAUGGAACCCAUCUCAGAUGGAACCCAUCUCAGAUGGAACCCAUCUCAAAUGGAACCCAUCUCAAAUGGAACCCAUCUCACCUUUAUAGUGCAGUUCUGUUGACCAGAGCUAAUGGUGCUCCAGGGUUCUAGCCCCCGCCAGGGUUCUGAUCAAAAGUAGUGUAUUGUAUAUGGAAAAGGGUUCUGUUUGAGAUGCAGCCACAGACUAUUCUUUCCUUCACUUUUAUCCUCCUCUCACCGUCCUUUCAUUCUACUCUACUGCUUUUAUUUAUUAUCGACUUCUACUGAAAUAUUCCCGCAAGGAGUUUAUACAUUUAAACACUGGUGACUGAUGCUCGACUGUAUGUUCCUGUAUCAGCUUUUAUACAACGAUGUGUGUUCCUUCCUUUAUACAACUCCAAGAUUUUUUUUUUUUGUAUUUGAAGAACGAUGUAAAAAAAAAAAAAAAAACGUUUUUAAAAAUGACUUCAGACCUCUCUUUUAGUGUUAUUUUUGUCUUUUUUUUUGUCACAUUUUAUUCGAAAUGUGUUGUUUAAUUUAUUUUAUUUAUUAUGACGAGUAUUACUUUUACAAUAAAAUGUUAGUUUUUUUUAGGAGGAAAAUGGCUCCAGGUACUACUACCAAAACUACUAAUACUUCUCUUCCUUCCUGUCCUGAGUUUUGACUAAAGAAGGCCUUUCUUCCUGUCUGUCUCCUACUAAAGCAAAGGUAUUUUUUAGCAACCGUAGGCUUCUGUUGAAUAGAGAGAAAGUGUUUUUCCACAUCUUAUAUGUCAAUAUAAUGAAUAAUUUAACACGCUAAAAGCAGGGUACAUGUAUUUCCAACUGUCCUACUGGGAUUUAAACACGUAAAGCCCUCUUGGGAUGAGGGAUGAGUGAUGAGAGAUGAGGAUGUUUUUCUCACCCUGGCUGUCAAACUAAUAUGACACUUACUAGCUAUUCUUGACUAAUUCUGCAUGUUAGCUCAGCCACACACACACACACACAAGCGCACACACACACACACACACACAGACACACACACACACACACACACACACACACACACACACACACACACACACACACACACACACACACACACAAACACUGAAACACACACACAUGUUUAAACACACACACAUAGGUUUAAACACACAUUGGGCUGGGUCUUUGUGUUGACAGACUCUAUAGACCUAAAUAACCACAAGCAGUGUGAAAGACAAGCAAUACUGAAGUGAAGGAGUGCAUCUGCUGUAGCCUACAGACCAAUAGAGACAGACAGGACAACAUAUAUACUACUACUACUACUACUACUACUACUACUACUACUACUACCACUGUAAUACAUUAUAACUCUAUCUCACUGGGGUGUUAUUGCAUUAGAGACGUUUUGUGUUGAGUUUUUAUAAAUAUGCCGUAAAAUAUGAACUCAGUUAUUUUUAUAAAAACACCGAAACGAUGUAAGUUGUAGGGUAUUUACUGUGUUCACUUACUAGUAAAUCGCUCAUUCAUAGUCUGUCUCAAAAGCUGCCUUCUUCCCGGUACUGUGCACUACUUUUCACUACACUCGCUUGACAUAUAGUGCACUGUAUUGGCAAGGGUGCCUUUUUUCGGGAUGCAGACACCCCACUGAACGUUGUUGUCAAAAACCUCCGUCCACCGUGUGUGUUUUCUGUUCUCUCCUAACGUCUCGCACUGUAGCCCAUUUGCAUGAGUUCAAUUUGAAUUGAUGUCUAUGCAAAACAUCUCUUGAUGGUUCAGCAAAAUAUGUUUGUUGUUCUGCGCAUCUCGUAGUAUCACUGAGACAGUAGUGACUGAUAGGAACGUUUUGGAGAGGAUUCAGGGGGAUUAGCUCGGGACGCAACAAUCUGGUAACUCCACCCGUUGGUUUUUCUAGAAAUCACGUUUUGAAGAUUCCCUGAAUCAGAAGGCAAUCAAUCAGGAAAUCUGCAAUCCUCCAACCAGGAUUUCUGGGAAACUUUGGGAAUUUUGGAGAAAGUUACAAGAAUUUUGCGUCCCUAGGAUCAGCAAUGCGGCAUUUGUUUUGGCUCAGUUUUUUUUUAAACCAUAAGGAUGACUAUAUAAAAGCAGUGCUCUCAUUCCAACUCUUUCUAAUGCGGAAGACACGUUUCAGUUGAAGGCAUUCAGUUGUACAACUGACUAGGUCUCCCCCCUUUCCCUUUUCCUUCAAUACACAAUAUGCACAUGACUAUAACCCAACCAAAAGGACACGAAACAAUACAAUAUUGCACUUAAACAUGAGCGUGUCUGUUAUCGUGGCAGAAUAGAUAUCAACACAUUCUACUGAUUAGAUACCGUCUCACUUCUUGCAAUGUCUUUUUUUUUUUGUUUGUUUCCUUAAAUCCUCACAGGAAAAGUUCUGUCGUUUGAAUCCACGUGAAGUUUUUCCUCUGUUGUUUCUUUCUAUACAUGCCAUUCUAAUAAACAAAUCAAUAUGCAUCUA